AUGAUGAUUAGAACAAUUCCACUCGACGAAGUUGCUCAGCACAAUAAGCAAGAUGAUCUCUGGAUUAUCAUCCACGGAAAAGUAUACGAUUUAACCAAGUUUCUCCCAGAGCAUCCUGGGGGUCAAAAUAUUAUUUUGAAAUAUGCCGGGAAGGACGGAACCAGAGCAUUCGAGCCCAUGCACCCCAUUGCCAUCAUUGACCGAUUUCUUUCUCCUGACGUAUGCUUGGGCCAAGCUGCAGUGAAUCCUGCAUCCGAAGAAACCGUUGCAGAAUUGGAAACAGAAGAGGAAAAGCGUGUACGGUUAGCACGCGAAGGCAUGCCUAAGCUCGAAGAGAUGUAUAAUUCGUUUGAUUUUGAAUCUGUUGCCAGAUCAGUUCUUAAAGCAGACGCUUACUACUAUUUUUCUUCUGGAGCAAGCGACGAAAUUUCCAUGCGUGAAAACCACAAUGCGUAUCAUCGCAUCUGGUUACGCCCACGUGUCAUGGUUAAUGUAGCCGAAAUCGCAACCAUGACAACAAUGCUAGGCUCCAAAGUUUCAAUGCCAUUAUAUAUCUCGGCCACCGCUAUGAAUAAGAUGGCUCAUCCAGAAGCAGAGAAAGUACUGACAAGAGCUGCUGGCAAAUGCGGUAUAAUCCAAAUGAUUCCGACACUGGCGUGUUAUUCUCUCGAUGAUCUCGUUGAAGCGCGCGUCCACUCAGAUCAGCCACAGUGGUUCCAGUUAUAUGUCGAUACAGAUCGUAAAGUGACACAGCGAAUUGUUCAACAAGCUGAAGCAAAAGGAGUCAAGGGACUAUUUAUCACCGUGGACUUGGCCGGGAUUGGUCGUCGUGAAAAAUAUCUACGGCAAAAGUAUAAACAAGAAAAUUUUGAGAAUACGCAGAGUAGUGAUGACCAUAAAAGCAAAAGUAGUGGCAGUACCACUUCGGCGCCUGUCAACAAAAGGAGAGGUACAUUGGUUGAUCCAUCUUUAAAUUGGUCCGAUAUUGCUUGGUUCAAGUCUAUCACGAAAAUGCCCAUCAUUCUAAAGGGGAUUCAGAGAUACGAAGAUGCUGUUCUUGCAUAUAAAUAUGGGUGCGCUGGCGUGGUCCUGUCCAAUCAUGGAGGUCGUCAGUUGGACUUUUCUCCAUCACCUAUCGAAAUUUUGCCGGAAGUCAUCGAUGCAUUAAAGUGUGAAGGAUGUGAUCCUAGAAAAGAUUUUGAAGUUUAUGUUGAUGGUGGAAUUCGACGUGGCAGUGACAUAUUUAAAGCUCUCGCUUUAGGUGCGAAAGGCUGUGGAAUAGGCAGACCCAGCUUGUAUGCCAUGGCUUGCUACGGUGACGAAGGUGUCAAGCGACUUUUGGAGAUUUAUCAGAACGAAUUGGAGAUAUGCAUGCGACUCAUGGGUGCACCUACGAUUGCUGAUAUCAAACCUGAAAUGGUGGAUAUUCGAAAUUUGAAAAACCACUUCGUCUCCAGCCCAACUGAUUAUUUGGCUCAGCAAACAUAUGAAAAACUACAGCCAACAAGAGCCGCCGAUGGUAGUAAUAGUAGUGGCGGUUACCAACUUUCUAAAUUGUAA